AGCCAAACAGCUGUUCGCACUGGCAUAUCAGUGACAGAGACUUUAGGAGCGCAACAGGUCGCACUUAAAAGCAAAAUGGGAAAAAUCUACCAGGUUGUGGUUCAUGGACUAAGGGGUCAGAAGAUGAUGGUGGACCUGUGCAACACCGAGGAGCAGUUUAAGAGCAUGACAGUGAAACAGCUCAAGGAAAAAUUGGCGCAGAAGCUUCCGGAGACCGCAGGAGAGGAGGCUCUACGGCUGAUAUUCACAGAUAAGAUGCUGGAUGGAGACGACACCCUUCUGUCUGACUAUGGAAUCCAGCACAUGUCCGUCAUCCACAUGGUGAUGAAGGUUCCUGGAGGACUGAAAGCUUGACUAAGAUCAUCUCCACCUGUCGUACCAAUACUGCUGCUACUUUCUGUGAUGCUUCAUAAAACCUCUUGACACUGUUUACAUGAAAUGUAAAUGGUACACUUUCUAUACUGUUUUACUGUUUAAUGACAGUGAUCGUUUAACUGAU